GCACAUCGCCACUCGGCCAGUCUCGCUGCAGCCGCUCGGGCCUCUCCGGUCGACGCCUGACCUCCACAAGGUUUGAACCCUGAACCUCGAACGUCUGACGCCGCCGGCUCGAGUACAACCCCAUAGGCACAGAGAUGGGUCCCAAGGCAGACCCCGAGACACAGGCUCUGCGCAAGGAGGUGGAAGACCUCAUCGCCAAGCUCAAGGAUGAGCAGCAGAAGGUGGCGGAUGCCAAGAUCGAGGAGGUGUGCGGAAACAUGUCGGAUCUGCCGCGCAUCCGACUCACCACCAAGAAGCUGCUCAAGGGACACCUCAACAAAGUCAACUCGGUCCACUACAGCGGCGACAGCAGGCACGCGGUGACGGGCUCCCUGGACGGGAAGCUGAUCAUCUGGGACACGUGGACGGGCAACAAGGUGCAGAUCAUACCGCUGCGCUCCUCCUGGGUCAUGAGCGUCGCCUUCUCACAGUCCGGGAACUUCGUCGCGUGCGGCGGCAUGGACAACAUGUGCACGGUGUACGAUCUCAACAACCGGGACUCCACGGGCGCUGCCAAGAUCGUGCGCGAGCUGGCGGGCUACGAGGGCUUCCUGUCCUCAUGCCGCUUCAUCGACGACCAGACGCUCAUCACCGGCUCCGGCGACAUGAAGAUAUGCCUGUGGGACCUGGAGGUUGGGAAGCGCAAGAUGGACUUCCAGGGCCACUGCGGCGACGUGGUGUCCAUCUCGCUCUCCCCGGACUGCAAGAACUACGUGACCGGCUCGGUGGACCGCACGUGCAAGCUGUGGGACCUGAGCGAGGACAAGUGCCGGCAGAUGUUCCUGGGGCACGAGGCCGACGUCAACUCCGUCUGUUUCCACCCGGGGGGCCAGGCGUUCUCGACGGCGUCUGAAGACAAGUCUGCUCGUCUGUGGGACCUGCGGUCUGACCAGCAGGUGGCUCGCUACGAGACGCCGGCUGGCAAGGGCGGUCCCGGGUUCACCUGCUGCGGGCUCUCCCUGUCCGGCCGGUAUCUGCUGGCUGGCGCCGACGACAACUCCAUCCACUCCUGGGACACCCUCAAGCUCUCACACUGCGGCACGCUGUCUGGGCAUGAGAACAGGGUGACAUCACUGAACGUGUCCCCCAAUGGUAUGGCUGUGGCCACAUGCUCCUGGGACCAGUAUGUACGAGUCUGGGGCUGAACCCAGGACCCCUGCCACUGCCACCACCACCACCACCCGUAGCCCCAAUCACCAUAAACAGCCGACUGCGGAGCAGAUGUUGGCCAUCAAGUAUGGUGUCCCCUCAUGGAAAGGCACUUCAACACUUCUGAGGUCGUGACAUAGAGUACAGUGGGAGGGCACUGCCCAAGAGGUGAAAUGAAUCUCACAAUGCCAUGCACCCUCCCCAUUCUGAACUGACACAUUUCAAGAGUAUUGCUACAGGAUGUCCGGUUAAGCUUGAGGAUGCUACAAAUCAAACUGCAAAUUGUACUACUCACAUUCACCAAUAUUGUUUAUUUUAUCCAAAAUUUAGUUCAAGAACUACACUCUCCUCUUCAUACUGAUAUUACGUUUUUUGUUCUGCAAAGCCAUUAAUGUACUUCUUCUUGCUUCAUUUUAUAAGUUAGUAAUUGAUAUAUCAACUUAUAUAGAAAUUUUUAAUGUGUCACAAGUGUAAUUACGCUACAGGUAUAAUAUUACUUCAAUCUACUCUCAAACACUCAUAUAUUUUUGCAUCAUCUCAGUCACAUCAUAUCACUCGCUCCACUUCAGUUCCACCACUUCUGCAAUUCUCACUUUUGCAUCUUCCUGUAUAUUUGAAGUCAUAGUAAAGAAUACCAUUUUUAACAAAUACUGGAUGUAAGGUUCAGCUUUCAGGUGUUAUAAAUUAAUUUACAGACAAAUUGUUCCGCUCACACUCACCAAAAUUAUUAAUUCUGGCCACAUAUAGUUUUAAAACAGUUACACCCACCUUAUUAAUGUUGACAGCUGUAUUUUCUCUGUUGUAACACAAGUAAUUUAUUUGUUCUUGUCUCGUUAUACAAAGAAACACUUCACAUAUUUAUUGAUGUGGAGGUGCAGUAUUAUAUUUAAAGCAUAAUUACACUGCAGCUAUAGUACCAGAUACUCACUCCACCUUAAUCUCAUAACUUCUGCCUUUGCAAUACUUCUUUCUGAAUCCUACUGUAUAGUUAAAUGUGACAUAACAGAUACAAUUUAAAAAUAUCAAUACUUAAUAUGAGGUUAAACUUAGGAAUGUUAAAAAUUAAAUGUCAAAAUUUGUAUUUUUGUGGUGUGAUACAUUAAUGUAUCUACCCUUGGUUCAUUUCAUAAAUUUAAGUUAUAUGAAUCAUUUUUUACAGUGAUGUAUUAUCUUUCCAUAAGUAUAAUUACACUACAGUUGUAACAUUAUUUUCGUUAAUUCUAAAAUACAUAGCCAUUUGUGCACCAUCUUAAUCAGACCAUUUUACUCAUUACACUUCAUUCCCUAUACUCGAUAGCAACUGAAAACAGGAGAAACUCUAAUAGUAGAAGAACAAUUCUCACGUAAAAACACAAGGUUCAUUCAGUGGACUUCAUUCAGUUAACAUUGUCUUGUUUGGAAAAUAUCUCUUAAGUUUUUUGAGAUAAACUCACAGUAUGGUGCAUCGUAUUUUCUUAGUGUAACCAUUGUCUAUGUACUACCCUCCAGUUUGGUUACAUUGCUUGAAAGCAAGUGAAUUGUUUGUAAUUUGACGCCAGUAGGAAAAAGGGAAGAGUUGAUCCUAGCAUUUUCAUGUGAAAUUGCAUAAAAUCUCAUUUAUCUUUUAACUAAAAAUAUCUCCUAAAGGUACCUGAUUAAUGAAUAACUUUCUCACUUUCAACUUAAUUUUUUGGGUAGUUUCAUUAAUUCAAGUAAUGUCCAACCCCAGUAGCUGAAUGGUCAAUGUGACGGAUUGUCAAUCCUCUGGGCCCGUGUUCAAUUCCUGGCUGGGUCAGAGAAUUUUCUCCGCCCAGGAACUAGGUGUUUUGCUGUCUUCACCAUUAUCCUAUAAUCCUUGUCGACUGCAGGUCGCCGAAGUGGCGUCAAAGUGAAAGACUGUCACCUGGCGAACGGUCUACCCAACAGGGGACCCUAGCCAUUCAAUUAAUAGAACAUAUAAUCCUUUUAUUUAUAUGUUUAUGAAGUAAAUUUUAUGAGAAUAUCCCAUGCUUGUUAAAAAUUCCUUAUCACUUUGUAAAGUCUCUCUGUUGUUCCCUGAAAACUUUUGCUGACAGAUGAAAGCUGAUACGGGACUGCGUCUGUCUCUCGUUUUUCUUAAAUUAUUUAUUCUUUUUCCUCUAUGAACUAAUCACCUGUCUAAGCUAGACCUUUUAAAACUUUCAAUUUACUAACUGGGUGUACAGAAUUAAUGAAAUCUUCAUUUUUAUGACACCACAAAGGAUCUGUGGCAGGGAGCUGAUCACUCAAGUCAAAUUUGGCAAAAAAUAGUCUUCCUUUGUUAGAAGAAAAUAUUUUGAUCUUGUUAUGACUGUUUUAUUGAUUCAUUUUUAUAGAUUCGUUCUACUGUUCUGUUUCGAACUUAAGUUGAAUGAGCAUUUCCUGUUUUGAUUCAGAAGAGAAACUGGAAACAAAAAUUUCAGGAUAACAAGUUUAGGAAACAUAUAAAUGGAUUUGCAUUUUCCUGGUGAAGCCAUAUGAGAAAUAUUGAGACAGGCAAAUUGUUAUUUACGAUAUUUUGAAAGAAUGGUAAAAUUUAAAUAAAGUGCUUUGUUUAUAGAAGUUGCACAAACCAUGCUUUGAUAUACAUGCUGACAAGGAAAAUAGAAACACCAUUCACUACAUUUACCACUUUCGCUGAUAAUUAAAAUUCAUUGUUGAAUUAUUUUUAAAGCAGUUAUACCUUUUGCAAACCAUUUUACAUUGACAGUCACCUCUGGAGAAUGGAAUGAUGCUCCACUACAUGGUGCUUCAACAAGAAGGAUUACAAUUCACACUGAACAUUCAUUAUAUUUUUGCUGUUGUUUCCAUUGCUUGAAUAUUCUAAUUUUUGUAAGCAGUUUCUCAAAUUUUUCACGAUGUGUGCAUUUUACCAUUGAUUCAUCAGUUCCCUCACAAGUACUGUGAUGCAUUGAUGCACAGCUAAUUUCCACAGCUGCAAAUCGAGAAACAGUAACAUCAUUUGUCUGACUGAUGGCGGUUUGCUUCCAAUUAUUUCAUGUAUCUAUUAUUCGAACAAACAUAUUACCUGCCAUAGAAAGAUCAGAAGACAAAGAUAUUUUACUUGCUAUGACAGCUACCUUCACGUGAAAGUGGAAUACAACAGGAACACCUUGGAUCACUCUCCCAUCUACCAGACAUGGGGUCACUGAUGUGUGAUGCUGCCUAACUAAUGCAGUUUUUUAAAUGAGAACAAUAUAGGUUAAGGAGACUGUUAUAAACAACCUGUGUGCCUCAGGUAAUUAUUAAUUUUGUAAUGUAGAAAUAAAUUUUAAGAAGUUGAUGGUUUUAUUUUCUCCACUUUUGAAGGCCUUAAGUCCUUUACCCUACUGUGCCCAAAUUUUAUACAAAUGUGAGGUGUAAUAAAACCAAACUGGGAGGUAGUUAGAAUAUAUGAUAAAUUAAAAAACUAUAUAACAGCAACAAUAAUACAGAUUGAGACAAACUAUUAUAUUAAUUUUGUUUCACAAAAAGGUUUGUCUUCUUAAUCAUUGUUUAUUAAAUAGAAUGCAUCCAGAAUUUAUGGGACAUUUUCAUUUAUUUAUAAACAUUUUAAUUCAGAUGUAAACAUCUCUUUUGCCUCUGAAUUUUGUUCUGAGGUACAGCUUAUUCAACAGAAUGUGUCCAGCAUGGACUCCUUUUGAGUUAACUUAAAACACUUUAUUUCAAGAUGAGAAACAUCCCCACAUUUUUAUACAAUAUAAAAUAGAGGUUGAGGUUGAGGUGAGGUUGAGGUUGAGGUGACGGUCCUUGUAAAAUGUUACAUCUGCCUUAUGUAAAACUAUUACAUUACAUUACCAACAACAACUGUUACUUUGAAACAGUGUGUUAUAUGAUACCUAUAAGUAAAAUGAUUUUUUCCUGAUUAUAGUAUGUUCUAGAGCAAAACACUUACAUCACUUUAAGAAUAAAUAUUUCCCAAACCAUAAUAUUAUUACAGACCUUAAUACAGAGACUGUGUUUCUACAUUUUAUGAACACAGUUAAUGUACGUUCAAACCAUUUAUGAAGAUAAACUUCGCUGUGAUACAUUCAAAUUCUUUCCCAAGUUAUCUUAUUGAGAAUGAUCACUUAAGUUACGAAAUGUAUUGCCUGAGACAUCUGUCAUUGAUGAAGAUGCAUAAAAAUAACCUGCAGUGGCGUUUAUAAUGAGGUAUAUAAAUUACAGCAUAAAAAUAAAAGGGAUGUGAUGAAUUUAUGUGGGGAAUCCAAAUUUACAUAAACACAAUAAGAAUCCUGAAUAAUAUUUAUUAAGCAGUGAAGUGCUAAUUAUAUUGAAUAUGAGUUUUCAGAAGCUUCUUAUAUAGUGUAAAUCUAUAAUUUACAUAAGAAAAUUCAAUUUCAGUGUGACACUAACUUAUACAGAAAUGUGUGUUCAGUGUACAAUAUCAAUUUCUAUAUGUAUUACUAAGUUAUUCUUACAUACUGUAGUGAUGCUGUAAAAGACAGAUGACAGUUCCACCAGAAAAUCCAUAGAAAUGAAACUGAUGUAAACAUGAUUGAGAAUGAGGGAGCAAUCCUUGAAAACACUUUGUAGAUAAAUGAAACAGCAUCAGUAAUAUCACAAUACAGCGUUUGUUUGUCAUCUCAUUUAUGUAGUACUGGACGUUUUGUGGAAUAUGCUAUCAAAGAUGGUGUAACAUUGACCAAUAAAGAUGUCAGCACCUUACAUGCAAGCUCGCAAGAAGUAUAAUAAUGAUGCAGCUUAACAUGUAUAUCCUGUGUCUAACACCGUACUGGUAAAAAUAACUAUUUGGUGUUUAGUCACAUACAAGGAGAAUUAUCAAUAGAUACUAACACAGUGUGAGUGGAGUCAGUAUAUCAAAGUCUAAAAAUAAAAUUAAUUUUGCCAGGUUCACACAAAAAUGUGGAUAUAACAAAUAAGAAACGAAUCAUUUCAGACACACUAAUAAAAGUUUGUACAGUUAUCAGGGGAGGGGCCCACCUACUGGCCAGAUCUGUACCGUGUGUCAUGAAGUUUGCUGCAAUUUGAUAGCUUUCCCUAAACUACUGCAACAAUGAUUUGUAGCCAACAAUCAGCAAGGGAUGUCACAUGUUUUGGGCCAUAGUAAUAGAUUGCUUAAAGAACUAAUAACAUUAAUUAAACAUUCAGCAAACAAUCCAUUUCAGCUUUUUAUUAAUAUCUUAAUAAGAGCUUAACGUUUAUUUGUUAUGUACUCUCUUCCAUAAACGUUGUGAAACGAAUUAUUGCAGGUACACAACCUGUAUUUUAUGUAAUUUAGUAAAAACGUAUCAAUAACAAAUACUGUAGUAACAUAAACUGCCUGUGUACCAAACACUUUACAAAUCAAUUUUCAUUUAUUUGGAGAAUGCUGCUUAACAUGAUAAGGUGUUGUAAUUAGAUAAUAUUCAGCAGUAAGGCUACGCUAAUGUCAUUCAUUGAUUGAUUACACAAAUUCUGUUGACAUCACCAAGGAAACGAAUUAUAUGUUUGCAGGGAGCAUUAGAAGCCAAAAGGUGAUUAUAUUGCAAAUUUAUCAUCAUCAAAUUGCUAGUCUCUAUUUGUGCUUAGACACAUUUGUAAACAAAUAAUAAAAAAUUAGCAGAGUGCUGUUACUCUGAAAACUGUUACUGUGUUUUCAUUUAAUCCAGUCAUUUGUUACAAGUGUACACUGGUUGUUUAACAGUCAUACAGCUUCAAUGAUAAUUUUUGUUCUGGUUCUAAGUAUAAUUCGCCCAAGAUUAAACCAUGCAGAGAACCAAAAUUUUGAUUAUAGCUUCACAGGAAAGGUGUCACAUUGUUGUAGGACACUUUACUACAUUAAAUAAAUGCUAAUUAAAUACAUAGUAAUAAAAAUAACAAUUCAGCUGCUUAACAUAAUAACAGUCAGUUACUGAUAAAAUGUAGAGAAUGUGGAAACUGAUGACCAUUUCUUAUUGUUAAAAGCCAUAUCAGCUUUUGCAUGGAAUAAAACGUGGAAACUGUAGAAAAUACCAAGUAGAAAUACAGUUAUCUACAUGCUGCAGGAACAGAAGCCAAGGUACAUGGAUGAAAGGGGAAUGCAUUUAUUGAACCUGGACAGUCAAGAGAAUUGUACGAGAAGCUAAUAAUACAGUAUAUGUUUUGAAUUUAA